AUGUCUUCCACGCCCGAGAAAUAUUACGCCAAAACAGCGGUCCUUCUUUUUGAAGGAGCUGAUCUCCUCGAUUUCGCAGGACCCAUGGAGGUGCUAUCUCACGUCCUGCAUAAUCAGAACCCGGAUGAUCCGGAUCAAAUGUUCAAAAUCGAAACUAUAGCUCAAACACCCACCAUUCGUUCAUGUUGCUGUCUGACAGUCAAAGUCGAUCGCCUCCUCGAAGACGCGGUCAAAGAUCUAGCAGAAUACGAUAUGCUGAUAGUCCCCGGCGGCCCACCAUCCAUCGUUCAGCCUCUCCUCGAAGGUUCCGCAGAAGUGGAUGUAAUCCGCAGAUUCGCCACUCUGCCCCUGCCGUCAUCUCAGAGACCGCGGAUUCUGAUGUCGGUGUGUACUGGUGCGUUCUUCCUUGGUGCGGCAGGAAUUCUCCCUGGUAUGACCGUCACCACUCAUCACCGUGCGGUUGACGUGCUUCGGGAAAUAUGUGCCCGGUUCAAUGAUAAAGAGGAUCCUCCGACUACUGUUGUGCAUAAACGCUACGUCGACGGGGGUUAUCUGCCUGGAAAUGCCGUGUCUCUGAUUACAGCUGGCGGUGUGAGCUCGGGGAUCGAUGCCACGUUCCAUCUUGUGCGUGAGCUGGCGGGUGCCGAUAUGGCUGCAUUCGUGUCUCGGUUGAUGGAGUAUGAUUGGACUGAGCUUCAGGACUGA